AUGGGUCAGCAUUACAAGCCCACAAUCGACGCAAAAGUCGUCAAAGUCUUUGUUCUCGAGACUGAUACUCCUCAUCCUCACACUCAGACCGAGCGCGGUUCGUUUGGUGAGAUUCUGCAUCGCCACUUUUCAGAGGCUGGAAGUAAGCAUCAUCCUCCGCUGGGCGUUGAGACAGAGCAGAUCUUUGUCGUGACAGAAGAGGGCGGCCGCAUGCCCAAGGUGGAGGAGUUUGAGGGCUACGAUGGACUGCUCAUCACGGGCAGUAUGUAUGACGCGCAUGGCGACAACCAGUGGAUUCAUGACUUGCUCGAUCUUUUGAAGCAACUAUGGAUAAAGCGCCCAGACUUUCACUUCACAGGCGUUUGCUUUGGCCACCAGGUUCUUUCCCGUCUUUUAGGAGGCAAAGUUGGCCCUUCACCUACAAACGACUGGGAACUUGGUCACAAUGCAAUCACCCUCACACCCGUAGGAAAACGCCUCUUCCGUACACACGAUGACAAAGUAUACCUCCAUCAAAUGCACCAAGACCAAGUCCUCGAAGCCCCCACCGUUGAGUCAUCAAACGGCCUUCUCGAGCCCGACACCGACGUUCAUGUCUGGGGUACGAGUAAUCACACAUCCAUUCAGGGAUUGUAUAUCCCCAACCGACUAUUCACAACACAGGCGCAUCUGGCGUUUGACGAGGACAUGGUCAAGAGACAGAUUCAGAUGAGAAUUGAUAGUGGUGGGAUCAAGGAUCUAGAGCAUGCGGAUCGGGCGGCUGAGACGGCGGAUCUGGACCAUGAUGGAGAGCAAGUUGCGUCAGCGAUUCUGAGGUUGUUUAGGUACGAUGAUGAUGGUAUGUCGUGGGACUGA